GAAUUUUAUGUCACAAAUUUUCGUUUAUUGGAUUAUACAUUAAACACGUCAUUGCAUCAGAGACGAUUUGGUACUGCGCCUUUACGUGUAUGCCCAUCAAUUAUGUCAAAAAUUAUACGCUUUGAAGCCUUUCUGCGUAUACCCAACUUCUUUUAUCGCAGCGUCGGCGUUGACUUGUGGAACACGGAUGGUGGUCCCCUACAAGAUGCCGUCUUCUACUUCGGUUUGCUUAAUGUUAACGUUUGGCUACUCUCCGAAUUGGUAUUUGCAGUCCUCAUGGUCAGUAAGAAUUUCAUACAAGCAACCAUGACACUCUCAUAUGCUGGCUUUGUGCUCGUCGGCUCCAUAAAAAUGUACUUUAUGUGGCGUAAGAAAGCGGAGAUGAAACGCUUUCUGCAGCUGAUGAACGCCAUCUUUCCGCGAACUGAGCAACAGCAGAAAAUUAUGCAUUUGCGACGUCAUUUGCGUCAAAGCACGAUUGUAAUGAGCUGCUUCGCAAUGAUGUUCAUGGUACUCAUUUGGACGUACAAUCUCUAUCCAUAUAUGCAACGUCAAAUCUACGAUCGUUUAUUAGAUGUACGCAGUAUCAAUAAGACGCUACCCUAUGAGAGCUAUAUUCCUUGGAAUUGGCAUGAACACUGGACUUUCUAUCUUUACUAUACUUUGCAAAGCAUCGCGGGUUAUCAUGCGGCUUCGGCACAGAUAGCUAGCGAUUUGGUGCUAUGUGCCAUGGCGACGCAAAUGAUUAUGCAUUACGAAUAUGUGGCACAGAAGAUCACCGAGUACCAGCCGCAAGUGGGCGCUGACAGUGGAUCGAAAGCCGAGCUGUCUAACGGUAAAGAGUUGAACUCGCAGAGUUUCACAACGUUGGAGAACGAAGCUUAUUGCAGGGAUAUGAAAUUUCUUUGUGACAUAAUUGCAUAUCACGCCAAUGUGCUGAGUUUGUCGGACAUCAUGAAUGAAGUGUUGGGUGUGCCGCUUUUAGUGAACUUCAUGACUUCAUCCUUUGUCCUCUGUUUUGUCGGUUUCCAAAUGACUAUGGAUGCUGAACCGGAUUACAUGGUUAAAUUGUUCCUUUUCCUCUUUUCAUCGCUCGUACAAAUUUGCUUGAUCUGUCAGUACGGGCAGUUGCUGAUCGAUUCGAGCAGCAACAUUGCACACGCCGUUUACAAUCAUGACUGGGUCCAUUCACAUGUUCAUUAUCAACGUAUGCUGGUGUUGGUCGCUGUACGUGCUCAAAAGCCAGCCAUGUUACAAGCGACUAGCUUUGUGCGUAUCUCUCGCGGUACUAUAACAGAUAUAAUGCAAAUUUCCUAUAAAUUCUUCACACUCAUCCGUACAAUGUACAGUAAUUAAAGCGGUUGCUGCAGCUGUUGCUAUUGUUGUUGUUGCUAUCGUUUUUGUUGUUUAAGCGAGUUUUGUAACUAAAUGUGUAUGUAAAUGAUGACCACAGCUGUUCGCAUGACAAAUUAGGAAUUCAAUAUGCAUUCGAAAUAUUAGCAUUUGUACUCCGCGUGGAAUACCAGCGACACAUGCAAAUUUAAUGAAAUUUUAAUUAAAAUCAACCGUGACUGAUGUGUAAACAGAAUGUAGUAUAAAUUAUGAACUGCAAUAUUAAAGUGAAGCGCAAUAACAAAAAUAAAAAAGAAUGUGGUUAGUGCAAAACUUAACCUCACUUACUAAUAGUUUUGGAAAUUUAGUGAAAAAGCGUGGCGGGGAUAUCAAAAAAGGUUUUAAAAUUGUAGAAUAUAUUUUAUAUGAUAUUUUUUUAUGUCUAUCUGCAAGUUGGUUCGCUUACUAAAAUUUGGUAAAAAAAAAAUAUUUUUUCCACCUCUUCACAGCACUUUUCAAACAGUCGAAUUUUCAUUUCUCGAUUACGCAACAUACAACGAACAACAAUUUUGAAUUGUUAGUUGAGUUAGCGUAUUUUCAUCACUCUUGCUUUGUCGCACCAAAUUCGUUAGGUAACUGUUACUAUACUAUACGGCUCGUAACCUAAUUCCUCUGUGGAAUUAGUUUCAAUUUUUAAUUUCACUUUACAUGCCAAAAUUCAAUACACACACACACAUGCAUGCAUGCACAUGAAUAUUUCUGUCAAAAUGUUCUACCUGUAAAUCUAUAUUCUCCCACACACACACAUACAUAUGUAUGUAUACAUAAUAUAUAUAGAAGUAUCUAUGCACUUGUGUAUUGAUCGCUGAGGUCAU